AUGCCGGUGCGCUUCAAGGGGUUGAGUGAAUACCAGAGAAACUUUCUGUGGAAAAAGUCAUAUUUGUCAGAGUCCUGUAAUUCCUCAUUGGGGAGAAAGUACCCAUGGGCUGGACUUAGAUCAGAUCAAUUAGGAAUCACAAAAGAGCCAAGUUUUAUUUCCAAAAGAAGAGUCCCUCACCAUGACCCACAGAUUUCAAAAUCUCUUGAGUGGAAUGGAGCUACCUCAGAGAACGCUGCGGUUGUAUCACCAGAACCCGAAGCCCCCAGAACACCAGAACCAGAACAAAAAGAAGAUGUUAACCAAGAAAGGGUUCUUGCACUUGACGCCUCCAGGGUUCCCAAGAGAACCAGAUCUCACUCUGCAGACUCCAGAGCUGAAGGGGCUUCAGAAAUUGUGGAAAAUAAGGAGGAUAUAGUAGCAAAUCAUGUACCAGUUAAUGAAAAUGUGGAGCUGGAACAUUCUACCAAGCUUCUUUCAGAAAACAUAGAUGGUGGGUUGGAUAGACUUCUACAGAAAAAAGCUGGACUGACUGUUGUUCCUUCACAUAAUGUCUUGAGAAAUUCUGAAUAUCAAAGGCAGUUUGUUUGGAAGACCCCUAAAGAAACUGCUUCAGCUUUUGCAGCCAAUCAGGUUUUCCACAAUAAAAGCAAAUUUGUUCCACAAUUCAAAGGUAACUCAGUCAUCCAUGAAACUGAAUACAAAAGAAAUUUUAAGGGUUUAUCUCCAGUGAAAGAACCAAAACGAAGAAAUCAUUUGAAGGAGAACGGAAAUUUUGAAACAAUAUCUCCUGAAAAGAAGUAUAAUAAAACAGAUGAUCCUUUAAAAUUAGAAGCAGAGAUGGAAUCAAAAGACUCAAACCAGCCUAAAAAGAAACUUACUCCUUGGAGACAUCAAAGGCUUGGGAAGGUGAAUUCUGAAUAUAGAGCAAAAUUUCUGAGCCCAGCCCAAUAUUUAUAUAAAGCUGGGACUUGGACACGUGUGAAGGAAAACAUACCAAAUCAGGUUAAAGAACUCCGAGAGAAGGCUGAGUUUUAUAGGAAACGAGUUCAGGGAACUCAUUUUUCUCGGGACCAUCUGAAUCAGAUUCUGUCUGAAAACAACCGCUGUUGGGAUGUCUCCUCGACCACGAGCUCAGAAGGAACCAUUAGUAGCAACAUUAGAGCACUAGAUCUUGCUGGAGAUCCUACAAGCCAUAAGACUUUGCAGAAAUGUCCUUCUACAAAACUAGAAGAAAAAAGACCUAUCUUGGAAGAACAGCCCCAGAAAACUACCACAGAGAAAUUGGGUGUGUCAGAUGCUCCCAUACCUGUUAGAAGGCGUCUGGCUUGGGAUGCAGAGAACACCACUGAAGACACACAGAAACAGCCAAGAGAGGAGGAGGAAGAGGAGGAAAGGGACAAGCAGGUUAAUGUGGGAGAGCUAGGGAAGUUGGAAGUACAGGAAAAAUCUAAAGCAGACAAGAUAAAAGAAGGGUCGGAGUCGUCUUCUGUGUCCUCAGGAAAAGGAGGCAGGCUUCCUACUCCGAAGCUAAGAGAACUUGGUGGAAUCCAGAGGACUCAUCACGAUCUUACCACUCCAGCUGUUGGUGGUGCUGUUUUAGUGUCUCCAUCUAAAAUGAAGCCUUCAGUUGCAGAACAGAGAAAAAGAAUGUCCUCUCAGGAUGGCUUAGAAACUUUGAAGAAUGAUUUUAGGAAGAAAGAAAGUCGUGCUAUACCCCUCCUGACUUCUCCAGCUGCUGGUCUAAAAACAAUUGAUCCCUUGCCUUUGAGGGAAGAUUCUGAGCCCAAUAUCCCCAAAUUUGCUGAGACAACUCUUCCAGUUUCAAAAAUUCCAGAAAAUCCAACUAACACACCUGGGCAGUCUCCAUCUCCACCCUGUGCCCCAUCCUACUGGCAUCCUUCUCGUCGAAUUCAGGGCUCCCUGAGAGAUCCAGAAUUUCAGCAUAAUGUGGGAAAAUCAAGGAUGAACAAUUUCCAGUUACCUCAGCAAGAAGCCUUUAAUGAUGAAGAUGAGGACAGAUUAUCUGAGAUUUCUGCUCGCUCUGCAGCUUCUAGUCUCCGGGCUUUUCAAACUCUGGCACGAGCUCAGAGAAGGAAGGAGAAUUUCUGGGGCAAAACAUAA